CGAACGCUUUUCAGGUAUGGACUAAAACCACUUUGUUCCACCCUCUGCGUUACAGCAAGGCUGACUACUCUCACGUCCAUCAACUUGAUAUACUUCGCAAUGGACCAAUUGAUAUGAUAUCCUGAAAUUAUGUGCGCAGCCUCACCCAAUCCACCAAUGACGCCACUUCACCCCAACAAAAUCUAGGUUUCCUUCAUAUUUAGCUCUCUUUACCAUCACCAUAAGCCAGCAUGCCCCUAGCUCGCAGUCUGUCUGUGACCUCGCUCUCCGGCCUGGAGGACUGGGAUGAGGAGUUUGACUUGGAUGGUGCUGUUCUCUUUGAGAUUGCAUGGGAGGUGGCGAAUAAAGUGGGGGGAAUCUACACCGUAAUCCAGACCAAAGCCCGUCUCACUUCAGAAGAAUGGGGUGAGAACUACUUCCUUGUUGGACCCUACAUGGAGAGCAAUGUCAGAACUCAGGUGGAGCUCAUCGAAACCACCAACCCUGCUCUGAGGAGGACUAUAGACAAGAUGAACUCCAGUGGGUGCAAGGUGUACUUUGGGCGCUGGCUGAUUGAAGGGAGCCCCUACGUGGUCCUCAUCGAUGUGGCCUUCACCGCCUGGUCUCUGGACCGCUGGAAGACCGAGCUGUGGGAAAGCUUCAGCAUCGGGGUGCCCUGGUUUGACCGCGAGGCUAAUGACGCUGUGCUCUUUGGCUUCCUGACUGCCUGGCUGCUGGGAGAGUUUGCAGCACAGUGUGAGGAGCCGCCCCACAUCCUGGCGCACUUCCACGAGUGGCUGGCAGGCCUGGGCUUGAUGCUCUGCCGGCAGAGACGGCUUCCUGUAGCAACCAUCUUCACUACCCAUGCCACCCUGCUGGGCCGCUACCUGUGCGCAGGCAAUGUGGAUUUCUACAACAACCUUAGCGAUUUCAACAUGGACAAGGAGGCAGGGGACAGACAGAUCUACCACAGGUACUGUCUGGAGAGAGCUGCUGCACACUGUGCCCAUGUCUUCACCACCGUCUCUCAGAUUACCGCCAUCGAGGCUGAACACCUGCUCAAGAGGAAGCCAGAUGUUGUCACCCCCAAUGGGCUGAAUGUGAAGAAGUUCUCUGCAAUGCAUGAGUUCCAGAACCUACAUGCACACAGCAAGAACCGCAUACAGGAAUUCAUCCGGGGACACUUCUAUGGACAUCUGGAUUUUAACCUAGACAAAUGUAUAUUCCUCUUCAUUGCUGGGAGAUACGAGUUCUCUAACAAAGGAGCCGAUUUGUUUCUGGAGGCACUUGCUCGGCUCAACUACCUGCUGAGGGUAAACCACAGUGAAGUAACUGUAAUAGCAUUCUUCAUCAUGCCUGCAAGAACAAAUAACUUCAAUGUGGAAACUCUCAAAGGACAGGCGGUCAGGAAACAGCUCUGGGACACAGCUCAGACUGUGAAAGAAAAAUUUGGGAAGAAAUUAUAUGAGUCUUUACUUGUGGGCCAGUUACCAGAUGUGUCAAAGAUGCUGGACAGAGAGGAUUUUACCAUGAUGAAGAGGGCAAUAUUUGCCACUCAGAGGCAGUGCCAGCCCCCCAUAUGCACCCACAACAUGCUGGAGGACAGCAGUGACCCCAUUCUCAACUGCCUCCGGAGAAUUGGGCUUUUUAAUGGCUCCUCAGACAGGGUCAAGGUGAUUUUCCACCCUGAGUUCCUGUCUUCUACUUCUCCCCUCCUCCCCAUGGAUUAUGAGGAGUUUGUGAGAGGCUGCCAUCUUGGAGUAUUCCCUUCUUACUAUGAACCCUGGGGAUACACACCUGCGGAGUGCACAGUGAUGGGGAUUCCCUCCAUCUCCACCAACCUCUCUGGCUUUGGUUGCUUCAUGGAGGAGCAUAUCGCUGACCCCACUUCCUAUGGGAUCUACAUCGUAGACCGACGGCACCGCAGCGUGGAUGAGUCAUGCAACCAGCUGACCUCCUUCCUGUUCCAGUUCUGCCAGCAGAGUCGGCGCCAGCGCAUUAUCCAGAGGAACCGCACUGAGAGACUGAGCGACCUCCUGGACUGGAGAUACCUGGGACGGUAUUAUGUUUCAGCCCGUCACAUGGCACUAGCAAAAACCUUCCCAGAUACUUACUAUUAUGAGCCUCAGGACCCAACUUCUAAACAGGGCUUUUGCUACCCGCGGCCAGCCUCUGUUCCACCCUCACCGGCCCUUUCUCGCCACUCCUCCCCCCACCAUAGUGAAGCGGAGGAUGACAAUGAUGAGAGAUAUGAUGAAGACAUGGAGGCAGAGAAAGAUCGACUCAACAUUCGCCAGCCUUUGGCCCUUCCUUACCGAAACAAGAAUGCUCCGCCGUAUACAUCAACUGCAUCCAGUGGCAAUAGUUCCCCCAGCUCCGCCACCUCUCCCCCCAGCUCCAUCACAUCACCCCCUAGUUCUGUCUCAAGCGAGAAGAAUUGAGCUUCCACUCAUGCCAUCAAACAUACACACAUACAUGCACACGCGCACACGUUGGACAAAUGUAUGAAAACACAACAUAAAACACCCCUCUACAUGCACUUCAGCUGCGCGCACACUAUGCUACACCCUUCAGAUACAUCAAGUACAUUCUAUACAAACAAAACACAGUGCAAUAAGACUGUAAAGGACAGAUAUGGAAGAAAAUGUAUAACUCACUCAUAUCAGUGAUCUUAUGAGAUAUCAGACACACAAGGAAGAUGAAAUACAAAUACAUGAGACAAAUUAGAUGAUGAGCAAAUUUUUUUUUUUGUAUAUACACGCGCACACACAGUUGGUGUUGGUAAAUAUAGACAUGUACAUAAGGCAUUCAGACUUAAGAAACAUACAUUAUACGUGUUCAUAUCCAUCUAGUUCAAUUAUUUUCGCAUACAUUUUUAGUAAACCUUCCUGCCUUUCAGGAACAUUGAGACAAUGUUGCUGUCAAACACAGUUUCAACACCUCAUAGGGAAGAGCCUUGGCACUUUCACCACACACACAUACAGCUAAAACUUAUUUUCAUUGCUAGAAUGUUUCCAUUUAGAAUAUUAGUCUUCAAUAAGGAUACAUUUGCCACAGCUGUCAUUUGCUAGGUGAUAAGCGUUUACUAGUAUUGAACGUGUUUACAGCACCAUUAUGUCUAUGUGUGUGUUCCAGUUUUUCAUGCAUUUACCUUAACUGAAGCCAUGGUGUUAUUUUCAGUGAAUACUCAAUCAUAGUAAUUGAGCCAUUCUAUUUUUUGAAUAAACAUUUUCAUCCAUUUAAUAAGUAAAAGAGACGGAGGGAAAGGGUUUGUGCGUCAUAGUAAGGCUUUUUAAAGUUUUGAAACCAUACUGUAAACUUUGAGAAUAGUAGUGUCAUGCAGCAAAUAUUUUACAUGGAAUAGCAAGUGUCCAAAUUGGAUUCUAGGCAACGGAAUUGUACAUUUUUCAUUUAUGUUGUAAAGUAAUACUUGAAAUAUGACUAAAUAAAGUCAGGGUGUUUAUUCUGAACUGUAA